AUGAGCUUCCGACUCGCUAGGGUUUUGGGUGGGGGGCCCCUAAUCCACGGGGUCCUCCCCGUGGGGGCCCUCAGGGGGCCCCUUGCAGCUGCCGCGGGGCCUCAUUCCCUGCCACACAGAGCACCCCAGGCAGCAGCAGCAGCAGCUGCUGCUGUUGCUGCUGCUGCUACCCCAGAAGGGUCUAGGGUAGGCUUCAAGCCCCGCUUCUUUUCUUCAGUUUCGGGGGGCACCCAGGGGCCCACCCCUGAAACAGAGAGGAGCCGAAUACGAAACAUAGGAAUCAGCGCACACAUCGACAGCGGCAAAACCACCCUUACUGAGCGCAUUCUCUUCUAUACAGGUAGAAUUGCGGAGAUCCACGAGGUGAGGGGUUCCGACGGCGUCGGAGCUAAGAUGGACUCAAUGGAACUCGAAAGGGAAAAAGGGAUAACAAUUCAGUCGGCUGCGAGUUACUGCUCGUGGGCGCUGCCUGAGGAGCCCGCUGGGGGGCCCUCGGGGGGGGCCCCUGGGGGCCCCUAUACAGUGAAUUUGAUUGAUACCCCCGGCCAUGUGGACUUUACUGUUGAGGUGGAGAGGGCGCUGAGAGUAUUAGAUGGAGCUGUUCUGGUGGUUUGUGGGGUUGCCGGUGUGCAGAGCCAAACCCUAACAGUCGACCGGCAGAUGAGAAGGUACGGGGUACCCCGAUUGGUAUUCGUGAACAAGCUGGACCGCGACGGAGCUGAUCCGUGGAGGGCUUUGGCCGGCAUUCGCAAACAACUCGGCAUCAAUGCAUUCCCCAUCCAAGUUCCUAUUGGUACAGAGGGAAGGCACCAAGGAGUAGUAGAUUUGGUUUCUCUUGAGGCUGUUUACUUUCGCGGGGAGAAGGGCCAGCAAGUGGAGAGAACAACAGAAAUCCCUGCUGCGCUGCAGCAGGAGGUGCAGCAGCGGCGGAGUGAGUUGGUGGAGGCGUUGGCUGAGAAGGAUGAGGCGUUAGCUGAGCCAAAGCAAAUAAAGGAGUUCAGCCUCUCCUUGACGCCGUCUGUCGCUAUCUACCCUCAUGGGCUCAGCCAAAGCAAAUAA